GUAUAAAAUUGAAAAUUAAAAUUUUGUGAUUUGAUAAAAAGAUUGUGAAAAGGGAAGAGUAAAACCCCACGAGAAAUUUAAGCUUGAGGGAUGAAGAUGACUUGGAAGAAAAACGUUAAUGACACCAAGAACAAGACCAGAAAACGCCCAAUUUCUUCUAACCCUAACCUUCCAUUUGAAGAUGUUAAUUCCACCUCCGACGCCAAUUCUGCUCCAGAGCCGCUGAUUGAAGCCGAAUUGCCCGGAAAAGACACCCUACCUGAAAAGAACAUCACGGUUAGAGAUGAGGAAGCAGAGGAAAGGUGGAAUCUUGCUGGAAAAUUUGAAGCACAAGGAAAUGAUCUUGCUGAGGAGGGAAAAUACCGUGAAUCACUUGUAAAGUGGGAAGCUGCGAUAACAUUGGUGCCCGAGAAAGCUAUAUUGCACGAACAGAAAGCUCAGGUUCUACUUGAACUUGGAGAAGCAUGGAAUGCUUUGAAGGCUGCAACUCGAGCUAUGAAAUUGGAUCCCGGAUGGGCUGAGGCGUGGAUUACUCUCGGAAGAGCCCAGCUAAAUUUUGGAGAGCCUGAUCUCGCCAUUGAAUCGUUUGACAAAGCUUUGGCUAUUAAGCCCGAUUCCAUGGAGGCAAAAGAGGACAGGCUAGCUGCAUCGCAUCAUGUGCAGAAGAGAAAACAGCUUCAUUCAACAGGUUUGAGCUCAUCUGAAAAUCGUUUCCUCGUUGGAGAUGAAGGCUGAAAGCACUCAGCUUCGAUGUACAUGUAAAUGUGUUCAGAUUUAUGCUGAAAACUACGCCGGACUAAACCGUGUUUGUGUGGCUUGGUUUGGUUUUAAUGUUUGGUUAUGUUUUCACCAAACAGAAAUCAUUAUAAUGAAUUCAUUUUGGAUCUAA